CAGAUCUAGUGUCAGAUUCAGAUUGUCUUCUGUUGAGUGUGUGCACAUUCGUGACAUUUUACGAAUUCAUUAUUAUUUUAUUUUAUUACAAGUAGUGAACAAUUGUUCGUAAUGAAAUAUAUAUCUGUUAGUUUAAUAUUGUCUUUAAUUUUUGCUGUAUAUGUUGUUAAUACUAUAUGGACGUUAGCCGAAAUAUUCAUACCGCCAGAAUGUAGUCGUGGCGAGAGAUGUUUUUCAUCGUAUUUAGCUUCAAAACCUGUGCAGCAUCUUGUUUUAUAUACUUCUGUGAAAGAACAUCCGCACCUAGAAGGUUCAACAGCGGAUAGUGUUUCAAAAGUGCAUACUUCUCUCAAGUUUGACUAUUUAAAUCCGGCGACUUUCGACAUAAGGUUGAAAGUGCCGCGAAAGACUCGCAAUAAUGGCACAUUGUUCAUGCAUGCUGUUUUGUUGGACGACAGCCGCUUGUACAGAGAGUUUGACGAGAUUGUUCGUACUGAGUCUAUACACACACUACCCUUGGUUACACAUACAGAACCUCAAGCAGCGACUUUUAAUCUUCUUCAGCAAAAUAAUGAGGGACAAAAAGUGCCAGAAAAGAAAUCAGUUCGUCCGUAUGCUCAUAUAACAACAGUGGCUCCACUGUCUAUUCUUACUGAUGAUCUCAAGUUGCCCAGUAAUAAAAUACCUGGAGAGUUAUAUCCUUACAUAAGGGUACGGAGUGGUAAAUUCUUACCGAUAUUACAACACAAUGUUUUGAAGUCAAGGCUAUCACAUUUCCAACUAUUAAACAGUAGUUCUACAGAAGUAAAUAUAACAGUGAAUGUGGCUCCCACUUCAUAUGGUUCCUUGCGGUUGUCUCUGCAUGUCCGCUUAGCAUUGGAACAGUUAUUUGCGCUUGGGUUUAGUGAGAAAGAUGUGGAUGAUGUUAAAGGAAUAUUUGCAGAUACUAAUUUGUAUUUGUUGUCAGCAACUGUGUUGAUUGCUAGUUGCCAUCUACUGUUUGACUUCUUGGCUUUUAAGAAUGACGUAUCGUUUUGGCGCCGCAAGCGCUCUCUGGCGGGGCUGUCCGCUCGCACUGUGCUGUGGAGAGCAUUCUCGCAACUCGUUAUAUUUUUCUAUUUAUUGGAUGAGAUGACCUCGCUUCUAGUUCUCAUACCGGCUGGAAUAAGUGCUAUCAUUGAGUUAUGGAAGGUGACAAAAGUCUUACACUUGCGGGUGUCAUUCUCUGGAUGGAGGUUACGUGUAUGGAGGGACUCGAGCGCUGACGCGGGAGAGAAAAGCACGGCCAAAGCUGAUGCUGAAGCCAUGAAAUAUUUGUCUAUGUUGCUGUACCCGCUCUGCAUCGCCGGAGCCAUAUACUCGUUGGUUUACGAGCCACACAAGAGUUGGUACUCUUGGGCGUUGCACAGUAUAGUGAACGGUGUAUACGCGUUCGGUUUCCUGUUCAUGUUACCUCAGCUGUUCGUGAACUACCGACUGCGGUCUGUGGCAGCAUUACCAUGGCGUGCCUUCAUGUACAAAGCGUUCAACACCUUCAUAGACGAUAUCUUCGCCUUCAUCAUAACCAUGCCCACAGCACACCGCGUCGCCUGCUUCCGAGAUGAUCUCGUCUUCCUAGUUUAUUUGUAUCAAAGAUGGUUGUACCCUGUGGACAAGUCCCGCACAGACACUGCGUCUAGUAUGGACGAGAACCCUGAGGAGUUGGAGCCAAUAAAACAGAAAGAAGAGUAGGGUAACAAAGCAUUAUGAACUUUCUAUAGUACCUUAUAGAGGCUGUUUUACGGUGCUAUUUGAUUUAGCGCUACGACUGGAUUAUGAAAGAAUUUUUCUAUGUGGGUGUUAAUGUCUAAAAUAAUAUUUGCAUUCUAGACUGUGUUAAUUACUACGUUUAUUUAGGAAAACUUAUGAUUUUACUGUUAUUAUAAUUACCUAUGUUUGUUCUUUUCCGUUGUUUGCCCGCUGAACAACUUAAAUAUAAGUGAAAUGGCACAUCAGCCGGCAAUUAUACCUGUAUGAACUAUGAAAGCGCACCCAAGGAUGAUCCCCGAUUGAUGCAGGACUAUUGCGAAUUGUGGUAAUUGAAAGGGUUUUAUGGG